UGCGUCGCCUUUCCCAGGUUUCUCUGCGCGGCCCACCUCUCCGUCCUUGGCCCGGUAGCCCGCUCUCCUCUCGCUCCCCGGACCGUCUGCCGCCCCCGCCAUGCUGCCCACCGCCUUGCUCCGUCACUGCGGCCUCCGCUUGCUGCGCCAAGCCCGGGUCCCGGCCCUUGCGGGGCCUGCCGCCCGAGGCUACGCUGAGGCCGCCCCGGCCGCCGCCGCCGCCCCCGGCCAGAUGUCCUUCACCUUCGCCUCCCCGACGCAGGUAUAUUUCAACGAAGCCAAUGUGAAGCAGGUGGAUGUUCCAACCCAGAGUGGGGCCUUUGGGAUCCUCGCUGCCCAUGUGCCCACCCUGCAGGUGCUGAAGCCCGGCGUGGUGACCGUGCAUGCCGAGGAUGGCACCACCACCAAGUAUUUUGUGAGCAGCGGGUCUGUCACAGUGAACGCCGAUUCCUCCGUGCAGCUGCUGGCAGAGGAAGCCGUGGCUCUGGACAUGCUGGACCUGGCGACCGCCAAGUCCAACUUGGAGAAGGCGCACUCGGAGCUGUCGGGGGUGUCGGACGAGGCCGCCCGGGCCGAGGUUCAGAUCCGGAUAGAAGCCAACGAAGCGAUUGUGAAAGCACUGGAGUCCUGAGCUGGGGAGCUGGACCUUUGGAGGCAUCUGGACGUGUUGUGACUGGUCUGCUCCAUGACAGUGACCCUGAGCUGAGGAGACCAGGAAAUACCCAGGAAGGAAGAUGUCCACUCCCAGACCCCUCCCCUCCCGUUUCUGCCCCCUUCCCCCCAUUAAAAUCCACAAGGUUCUGGACUUUUA